AUGCCGAGCUCUUCUUCCAGCGGCAACAACCACGUUGGCAGCGCGACGCCACCGCCGCUAACGCCGGAGGAGAAAGCAGCUCGAGAUGUGCAGCUACAGCGCGAGCAUGAAUCGUACAUCCGCGGCAUCGCGACGAUGCGCUCGCUGCCGCGACUUCGGUCCACCAUUGCAGGCGCAGGCGGUAAGACGAACACCAUCACGCGCAUUGCAGAGGAGCGUGAGGAGGUGCGCCAGCAGCACCUCCGCGCCGCGGCCGCCGCAGCAGCGGAUCUGCUGCGGCGUCGUCAGGCGCAUCAGGAGAAGGUCAAGAAGCUCGAAAGCUCACAGGCGAAGAAGCGCAACCGCCGCGUCGCGAAGAAGCUGAAGAAAAAACAGCGACUCGAAGAAGAGCUGCGCAAUCGGCUGGACUCAGACGACUCUGCUUCGUCAUUGUCGUCGUCGUCGUCGUCGAAACCAUCCUCGAGCGACUCGGACAGCGACGGCGAGAAGGACUGA